GCCCACUCUGAAAUGUCAUGCUGCUGUGGCCAUUUUCACUUUAACGAGAAAAAGAAAACUGUUCUGUUCUGACUAAUGAAGACUGCAGCAAGGCCAUGUCUUGUAGAUGCACGAUGUGACAGUGAGUAAUGACUGACACAUGACGCAGACAUAGUCCAAAACGAGUCCACAAUAUGGACUCUGAGGGAAGAGGAGGGCGGGGUGAUCGAGCGGGACGCUAUGGGAAUGCGCCCAGAAUUCACAAUUUCCAAGACCAAGAGUCCAGAAACUGUGGACAAGAGGAUGAAGAACCGGGAUUUGACGGCAUGGCUACAGAGGAGUUGAGAGAGUUUCAGCCUGACCUAAGCAUUUCAACAAAACGAGAUGGGGAAACAACAGACAAGACGUUUGAGCAUUCUUGCAUUGACAAUGACAAUAAAAUCUUAAGCCAUGGAACCAGACGGGUGCUUUAUAGUUCUGCAAAGCAAUGUGGGGGUGACAGGUUCCCUCUCAGCGGAGAAAAGAGAAAGGGGGUUCCAAGUGAAGUAGAAGAGUAUUGCACUUCUUUGGAUGAACCGAGGGACCAGGACUAUCGCACAGACUUUGACUACAAUCAGAAACCAAGCCACAUUGUAAUGCUUCGUAUGCUUCCACCUAAUGCCACCACCAUAGAGAUCCGAGCGCAUUUACAGGAACAGGGCAUUCAACCAAAAGAGGUCCGCCUCAUGAGAAACAAGACAUCAGGUCAGAGCCGAGGAUUCGCCUUCGUCGAGUUUAAUCACAUACAGGAGGCCACCCGCUGGAUGGAGACCAACCAGGGAGUGCUGUCGAUAAUGGGCCAGAGAGUGUCCAUGCACUACAGUGAUCCAAAGCCACGUGCCAACGAAGACUGGCUUUGCAACAAGUGUGGUGUGCAAAACUUUAAACGGAGGGAGAAGUGCUUCAAAUGCUCCGCUCCCAAAGCAGAGGCGGAGUUGAAGUUGCCCCAGUUACAGCAGGACUUGGUUGUUGGACUGCACAAUAGUAGGGUCCAGGGAUUGCUGCCCUUACCUGUACAUUACCAGACCACAAGCCUUUCUGUUGCUCAAGGGCAAGCUGCACAACAGCAGACAGAUACUGCCAAUGAUACCCUGAUCCUCCGAAACCUUGGACCACAUACUUCAGUUGAUGCAAUCUUGUUAGCGUUAUCUCCUUUUGCGACUCUUUCACCUUCUAAUGUGCGUUUGAUCAAGGAUAAGCACACCAAUCUCAAUAGAGGUUUUGCCUUCCUACAGCUGUCAACUAUAGUGGAGGCUUCUCAGUUACUGCAAAUUUUACAGACUCAACUACCAUCUCUUUCUAUUGAUGGCAAGACCAUUGUGGUAGAGUUUGCCAAAGGGUCCAAACGUGAUGUUUUCCAAUCAGAUGGCAGCAAAGUGAGUGCUGCAACUGUGGCUAGUACAGCCAUAGCGGCUGCUCAGUGGGCUGUGACACAAACUGCUCAAACAGUUCCUGAUGGUAAUUCGAGUGUAGCGGUGUUUCAACAGGCUGCAGCAGUAACCUAUAACCAGGAAGCAUUCACUGGGUCAAAUAGCACUACUGGGUUUGCUGCAAUGCCCACCAACACACCUGGAGACUACACAGAUGCUGUGACCCCAGAGGGACACAAGUGUUUAAUCCAGAGACAGGGAACUCCCAUCUCAGCAGCCACCACACCAACCACCCAGUGUGAGGUUGUGGGAACAACUGUUUCAAGUCAGCCAGCCAUUCCUGGAACUGAACAUGAGCUUAAACAAUACCCUGUCCCAAACAUGUCAACCUACCAGUAUGAUGAGAGCUCUGGGUACUAUUAUGACCCUCUCACAGGACUAUACUAUGAUCCGAAUUCACAGUAUUACUACAAUCCUCACACUCAGCAGUAUAUGUACUGGGAUGGAGAAAAGCAUGCAUACAUUCCUGCAGAUGGCCAGUCAAACACUGGCAAUACUGACACAGAGUCAAAGGAUAAAAAGGAAAAAAAUAAGAGUAAAACUGCACAACAGAUAGCUAAGGAUAUGGAACGUUGGGCCAAAAGUCUAAACAGACACAAAGAAAACAUGCGUGCAUCGUCUGGCACUCCAGGACUGGGUCCAGGACAGACAAGAGGCCGUUCAGAGAACUUCAGGGAGUCUGCGAGUGCUGAUGCUGGAUAUGCUGUUCUGGAGAAAAAGGGGGCGCUGUUGGAACAUCCUCAGAUAAAUCUGGAUCAGAUGAGGCAAACAGCUACAGGUUCACCAGUUCAACAACUGGGUCUUGUGCCAGCCUACAAUGGAGAUGUUGACAGUGAUGAAGAAGGAGGAUUCAAAGAUGAGAGAGAAGGUAGAUUGACUGACUGGUCUAAAUUGGCAUGUUUACUUUGUCGAAGGCAGUUUCCAAGCAAGGAGGCCCUCAUCAGGCACCAACAGCUUUCUGAACUCCAUAAGCAAAACCUGGAACAAAUACAGUUCAAUCCUGGCAGAGAAACAUCGACGGAUGGAUUUCAACCUCCUGACUUUAAGAAGAGAAAGAUUAUAUCAGUGUAAGUGUUCAUUAAUGGAGGGGUCAGGGGCCCAUUCUGGUGCCUGAGUAGUGAAAUAAAAUGCGAACUAAGGGUAUGUUGUGGGUAAUAUGCAAGUGGAUUAAUUCCCACCACUACCUUUCCUGCACAUGACUUUGCUGUCUAAAUCCAAUUUUAAAAUAUAUUUACUGUAACAUGUUUAGAUACCUCAAUAAUUUUACUUUGCUAGAACAUUUGUUGCAGCAGUGUGCACAUUCUUUUUUUCUUCCUCAAUUGCUUUUCGGAGCAUUUAUUGUCAGUAUAGCAAAAAUGUCUCUUUAUCUAAUUAAACCUUCAUUUUAUACAAUUUCUUUCUAUGCACAGUGGUGAUAGAUCUUAUGUAAUGAAAUAUCAACAUUCAUUCAGUGAAUGAUGUGAAGUGUGUAAAAAAUACACCAUGUAUUUCUAAUUGGGCAAUAUAGGAAAACAGAAUAAACAAGAUGCUUUGUGCAUACAGAAAUAAAGAUUGGCCUAUGAUAAAAGCAAAAAGGUUAGGCCUAUUAAAAAAAAUGACUGUUGUGGAUUCUCCGUGGGUUCUUUGUAAAUAUGUAAUAAAAUGCACUAAAAUUGC